GGUAGGUUCCAGAGCAGGGCGCGCUCUGCGUCGAUGGAUGGGAAAUGCGCCCAAUGGAGUCAGAGCGGGGAACCCGCGGGCGGGCCCGGCCUCACGCAGGCCCAGUGCACCGAGACCAUAGGCGGGGCGGGGUCGCUUGACGGGCAGGGUCACUAGCCAAUGACAGCGAGGCGCGGGAGGUGGGAGGUGGGCCUCCCGCGUGACAGGCAGGCUGGUCAACCAAUGACAACAGAGCGCUGGCGGCGGAGGGCGAGCACAGUGCGUGACGGGCAGGCGCGCUGUCCAAUGGGGCGCGGCGGGAAAGGGGGCCGAUUCUGGAAGCCAUUACGCCAGUGCCGCAGGGCCGCGGCCGUUCUGCGGGGCCGCCGGGCGGGCGCCGUACGCAAUUUGCGUACCGUCGGUCGUGCCCGAGGCGGAGCGGGGGGCACUGACCCCCGCGGGCCCUGAGGGGCCUCGGGGCCCCCCUGCCGUCCCCGUCCCCCGGGGAGGGGGGGCCCUGCCGCCCCUCGGCCCUGCCCGGCGCCCCCCGUGCCCCCCAUCCCCCCCGCGGUGUGACCCCCGCGGUGCCCCCACAUGGCCAUGGCGUCGCCGCCAGCCCCGCCGGCCAAGAAGCGUAAGAUGAACUUCUCGGAGCGGGAGGUGGAGAUCAUCGUGGAGGAGCUGGAGCGGGGCAAGCACCUCCUGGUGAACCACUUCAACGCGGGCGUGCCGCUGGCCGCCAAGGCCGCCGCCUGGCACGACAUCCUGCGCCGCGUCAACGCCGUGGCCACCUGCCACCGAGAGCUGCCCGAGGUCAAGAAGAAGUGGUCCGACCUCAAGACCGAGGUGCGGCGCAAAGUGGCCCAGGUGCGGGCGGCCAUGGAAGGAGGAGGCGAGGGGCAGAACGGCGGAGCCGGCACCGCCGAGGGCGAGGACCCCGCGGGCGCCGCGGCCGCCCCGGUGAUCCUGACCCCGAUGCAGCAGCGCAUCUGCAACCUGCUGGGAGAGGCCACCAUCAUCAGCCUGCCGAGCGGAGACUGCGGCGCCGGGGACGGUGGAGACAUCCCCAUCACCGCCUCGGCCACCACCGUCACCCUGACCCAGAUUCCUGCAGAGACAACCUACCACAGCCUGGAGGACGGGGUGGUGGAGUACUGCACCACGGAAGCCCCCGCCACAGUGACCACAGAGGCGCCCCUGGAGAUGAUGGCCCACCAGCACGAGGUGUCCGCCAAGCCCCAGGAGCUGAAGAGCCGCAUCGCCCUGAACUCGGCCAAGCUCCUGCAGGAGCAGCGGGUGACCAACCUGCACGUGAAGGAGAUCGCCCAGCACCUGGAGCAGCAGAACGACCUGCUGCAGAUGAUCCGCCGCUCCCAGGAGGUGCAGGCGUGCGCCCAGGAGCGGCAGGCGCAGGCCAUGGAGGGCACGCAGGCGGCGCUGAGCGCCCUCAUCCAGGUCCUCCGCCCCAUGAUCAAGGACUUCCGUCGAUUUUUGCAGAGCAACACACCCAGCCCGCCGGUCACCGCCGAGCCCGGCCAGGCAGGGCAGCAGGAUGGUAUGACCCAGUGAAAGGAACAGUGCUGGGAGGGGAGCUUUAGGUGGAUAUUGAGAAAAAAGGGUUGUCAAGCCCUGUCACAGGCUGCCCGGGGCAGUGGUGGAGUCACUGUCCCCAAAGGGAUUUAAAAGACAUGUGGAUGUGGCACUUGGGGACACGGGUUAGUGGUGGACGUGGCAGUGCCAGGGGAAUGGUUGGACUCGAUGAUCUUAAAGGUCUUUUCCAACCUAAACAAUUCUAUGAUUUUAGGGGACAUCUGCAUUGCACAAAACCUGCCCGUGCUGUCAGAGGACACAGGAGCGAGGGGUGGUGGCUCUCCUCAACGUGAAUGGCUCCCUUGGAGUCUUGCUGAGCCUAAACAGCUUUCUCUGCUAAUCUUAUGCUAAUCUGCCUUUUCAGACUCAUACAGAGCCUUAGCAGGAUGUGUAAUAAACCAGCAACUUAACAUCAGUUGCUUUAGUUCCUCAAACAAUAGGUUCAUUAAAAAAAGUUCUUUUUUAAUUCCUGUUUGGAAAAAAGCUCUCCUAAGUAUGACACCUUUCUCUUUCUCUCUCUCCCUUGAGACCUAUAGCCUUUAACUGACUUCUGAUGUGGAGAGUUUUGUCAGGAUAUAUCGCAGUGCUGCAGCUGCCUGGGUGCAGUGAUCAUGGACUGUAGCGAAUGCAUUUCUGGCUCUUGCUGAAAGCAUUUACUGGAAAUGUGGUACCGGAUGUGGCAGAACCUUCUCUCUGCACUGAGAGCUGCAGAAUCUGCUCCUGCAGCGUGACAUCCACCCAGCCCCUGCAGACCAGCACCAAGCCUCUGUGCAGUUCAAAUCCCACCCACGUCCCCUGAGGAUAGCAAUGGGGUUAAAAUAGUGCAUUCUCCUCGUGGUUUAUCUGCGUGCAGUCGUGGAGUUUCGCUGUCAACUUUGCAGAUGUGAUGAAAAUUUCAUGUCUCGGUUACCAGAAGCUGUCCUGGGACACGUGUUGGAGCAAUGUCUUUCCUGUCACGGUGUAAAUACCCAAGGGACGGGACGAGUUUCACUCGGGCUGGGAGUGUAGCAGGUGAAACUCCACCUCUGCCUCAUCUGCAUAGUUUGGCACCUCCAGAAUACCUUAAUCCAUCAAAGUGGACCUGGACUACAGAGCUUCAGCCAUACAGGAAUUCCCAGCGUUUAGGAGUUUGUUAGCCACUGAUUUUUGGGGCAUUACUUGGUUCUGCUGGUGGGGGUGUUUGUUCUGUAGUGCCUGGGAGCUGGAAGUGAGUCCAGCUGUUCCGUGUUCAUCUGCUGGCUGGCCUCAAGUGGUGGCAUCCUGAGAAACAGAGCUGAGGUUCUCACUGUCCUAUGCUGUUACACAGGGUAAAACAACAUUGCAGCCACUCUUCUCUUUGAGGUGUUCAGGCCAUGGGACUCAGUCCUUAAUGAGAAAGCUUAAUUGCACAGGAUGGUCAGCAUGAUUCUCACAGACUUGCAGCAACUUCAUAAACUUUUAGAUUAAAGCUCCACUUGUACAUGCAUGGAAGAAAAAAGAAAAAGAAGGAAGCAUAACUCUUCUCCCUGUACCUUGCAAAGUGUGUCGCACUUAACGGGUUUGUUGCUUGCCAGGUAUUACUUUUGAAAUGGAACUUUUCCAGAGCUGGUAUUUACUUGCUGUUAAGUCUCCUCUAGGGCUGAUGAGGGAGUGGAUUUGCACAAUCAAAUGAAACCUUUACACAGCCUUUAAUGGGAGGAUGCUGAUGGGGGACCCCUGCUUAGAGCAGGAGUGAAGAGGCCACUGCUGCCUGCUCCUGGACCUUUACUCAUCUCCUCUCGUCUGCACACCUGAUGGGGGAGAAAAGGACAGCACAGUGAGAAGGGUUUGGUCCCUGGAAGACUCCCAACCCCUUGGGACUGACACCUCUGAGCUGAGUCUGGGCAGAUCAGCUGCCUCGUCCUGCCUUGCCCGGGAUCUCGCCUCAUGAGUAGCACUUGCCUGACUCUCCCUCUCGGACUUUGUGGAAUCAAAUCAAUUGCUCAAUUGAAAUUUAUUUUUAAAGUGAGAACUAUGUCAUAUGUGUUGGUUUACCUCAUUUGUGUAAUGACCUCUCCUUUACAAAUACAGAUUUUAAUAAAAAAGUGCAUUUUUG